AUGGUUAAAUUGACACAGGUUGACGACGAGACCGCCACUCAGUUCGAGAAAACCGCUGCUCCAGAAGCUUUCAACAAGUCCGAUUUUGAGUCCGACUCCGAGUUCGAGGACGACUUUGACAUCGAAAAUGAAACCAUAUAUGACAGAAUCGUCGCCUUGAAAGACAUUGUUCCUCCAAACCAGAGAAGUCAGAUUUACGACACCGUUUCCACCGUCAAGAGCUACACCACUUGUGCAUUGAACAAGGGAGGUGCUUUGUUGUGGGGUGUGACCUCCUCCGUGUUGUUGUUGGGUGUUCCAUUGGCUUUGGCCAUUUUGGCUGAGACCCAGUUGCAAGAGAUGGAAAAGGAGAUGUCUUUGCAGCAUUCUGCCCAAGAGGUGUUGGCUCCAGGCUCCGAGGGAGCUUACGCCGAGAAGACUGCCUAA